AUGUCCGCGUCUCACGAUGGUGCACUCUCAGCUAGACGAAAGAGCUUUGGCUUCUUUACCCGACCGACCAUGUUGCCCGAAAUCGAACCAGCUUCAACAUGGUCCUCGAGAGAUCAUGUCAUAAAGCAGAGGCCGAAAUCCGCAUUCUUCAGUAAUGGUGCUGGUGAUUAUCAGGAAUACACCACGGUUGUAUCGAGCAACGUUGGCACCCAUGCCCGUCCCCGAGUUCUUACAAAGAGCCCUGCACAGCGGCCGAAAUCGAUGUUUGGAUCCUUGAGACCCCGGGAUCGGGAUCCUGGCAGCCCUGUGAUUGGGAUGCAUUUCGAAUCCUCCGGCAGUUCCUCGAUCGAUUCCUCGCAAUCAGAUAACGUUCCGAUCAGUCCUAGCAAUAAAUUCGUGGUAUACUCGGGGGAGGUUAUUUCUACGGGCGGCUUGUUGAGGAGAAAGAAGGAGUUCAUGGUUUUGACAAAUGAGGAAUUGUUGAGGUACAAAUCGGAGCACAAAGCGAGUGAAGCCAUUGGGAUCCCGACAAGGUCUCCAACAACAGGCAGAGCUCCCUCGAUAGGUUCGGUGGGGGAAUUGAGCAACGAACAUUCAUUAGUCACCUCAGCCAUUCAGAUAGUUGCGGUGUACAGAUAUGGCGGAGAUGCGGAUUUAGCAUGCACAGUUCAAGUAGAUCACCUAGACGAUGCGAACGGAACACCCUCCUCCACGGUACUACAAGUGUCAACGCCCCAGGAAGCUCAAGGAUGGUUGGAAAUAUUGAGACAGGUGACACAUCUUGCGAGAACCGCCAAAUCGCCCCCUCCAUUCUCAAAUUCUACAGUAGAACAUAUUGCCCGUCGUUUGGAGGCAGAGAAGGACUACUCACCCUCCCACUUUCAGAUAUUCCGAGUUGUCCAGCGGGCUGCUAAAAUGAACGGCCAUAAAGCUGGAUCUUCCGAAGACCUUCAGAAAAUGUAUUCGACGAUAUGUUACCUUGUAAUUGGGAUCCACAAAAUCCAUCUAGUACCAAUACCCAAGACUUCCCCCAACAGAAGUACCACUUCUUUGUCUGCUGCCACAUCCAGUUCCUACGCAACCCUUAAUUUAUCUGGCCUUACCAUAUCAGAUACGGAUGAUUCAUUUACUCUUUCGUUCAGAUCUCCGUGUAGAGCAGCUCAAAAAUUGCACUUAGCUUCGGUAGACGCAUCUGACAUUAUUCAGGCAAUCCGUCAGGCCUCGGAAUAUCUAAGGCCGAAUUAUCUCAUCACGCCCUUUAUAGGUCUUCCAGAAUACCUAAAUGAUGCAGCCCUGCCAGAUAUUCCCUGCACCCCCGGUGACGAUUUUAAUGGAUUUGACCGGACAUUAUCUGCUUAUUGUACUGCAUACGAUCUCGAUGCGUCGAACAUUGUUUACGGCGUCCACAUGGAAGUAGAAGAUGCGCCGCAGUUCGUACUUUACCCACCAGCAUUCUCUCGGAGACGACAAUACACGGAUCUGGAAUUGUUGGCUGUCAUGAGAUCUUUGCGGUGGAAUGAGUCGUUUUGCUCAAUCUCUUUCAGGGGAAUUAACCUCGAGACUUUGCAUAAAGUACAUGAGAAUUAUGGAUCCGAGUAUGAGCCAUUAACAGAUCGUUCAAAUCAGCCAUUGAAUUUGAAGGCAACGGGUGGGAAGAGGAGUUCGCUGUUGAUACAUGAGCUCAGAGCCUUAGCGCUUUACAGUGGAAAGUUAAGACGACUAGACUUUUACGAGUGUAUGAAAAGGAAACCGCGUGUUGGAGAGGGUGUCGGGAGUUCGGUAACCCAGAACGGGUGUGGUAUCUUGGAGGCCAUCAUGCCAUUGUGCAGGAGGGGUUUGACAAAUGUUGACUGGUUUGAUCUCACGGGUAUUGAGUUGGUUGAAUCAGAUCUUGACUGGCUAGUGGAUGCAGCUGCCUCUAAACUUGCACAUUUUCGUGGAUUUGAGCUCGCACGAUGCGGUUUGACUGAGAGAUUUCUGACGCUGUUUAUGAACUCAUUAAUCACACAUGAGAACACCCUGGAAUCCUUGGACUUGAGCGGAAAUCCUGGGCGGAUUCAUGCCCCGAGCUUCAAUAACAUUAUGUCCCAUUUUCCUUUCUUGCGCAGAUUGAAUUUAUCAAGGCUUUUAAGGACCGCUGGCGACGACGCUCUCCUGACAGCGGAGACAUUAUUGAGAUGGAGAUUGGAAGAUUUGGAUUUAAGUGAAACAAAACUCAACAAUGAGACAAUAGAUGCUGUUUCGGCCUACCUGGCCAGCCCACAAUCAGAUUCCCUUCAUCAUCUGACGCUCACUCAAUGCGGCCUAACAUCCAAAGAUAUUGCUAUAUUCAUGCAUUCUAUGUCUCGAUCUCCUGGAAAACCUAGAAACCUUCAUCUUUAUAUUGGGCAAAAUCAAGUUGCUAUACAACAUGACAAGCUUCUUGAAUGUAUCAGAAAUGGCAUUACACCCACCCAUUUAACAAUGAGGAUGGUUGAUUAUCCCAAGGAAGAUAUGUUUAGGGAAUUGAUGGAUGCAUUGAUGGUCAAUAAAACGAUUUCAUUUCUAGAUCUAUCCAAAGUUUCUUUACCCUACGAGGCAGGCCAGGAAACCUGUAACGCCAUGGGAGAGAUGUUUGCCAAGAACACAUCAUUAAAAGAAUUAGCACUUUCAGGGGAGCAGGGUGUUCUUGAGAGCGCCAGAUUGGGGGCAGGCUUGAAUAAACCACUUGGGCGUUUGGCAGAGAAUAAAACCUUGGAGAUUCUAAGGAUUGAAUUACAAUCAUUAGGAACUCCUGGGGCGAUGGAGUUGGCUUCAAUGUUGACCAAAAAUACAACCCUUCGGGAACUUUACUGCGAAAUGAACGAGAUUCACCUCCAAGGCUUUAGCGCUAUUGUCAAUGCAUUGGAGAAGAACAAAACUUUACUUUACUUCCCCCGAAUGGAGCGCGAUAGGGCUGAACAUGUCAAGUGCCUCAAGGACAAGCUUUUCCAGCCAACUGAUGCCGAAAAAUCAAAGAAGGAGCUCAAAAUGAAGAGCAGCUUGGGCUUGAGAAGGAUGAGCAAAUCGGAAAAGAAGAAGGUAUCAUUUGCCGAUGAUUCAUCGGACGUCGGGGCGGAGCAAAACCUCACCCUGCUUGAGGAGAAGUGGGAGAGUGAGACUCAGAGAAUGCAAUUCCUCCUCGCAAGGAAUUUGGAAUUGCAUCAUUCAAAGCUGGUUCAAAAACGUCUAUAUGCCCCACUCGGUUCUCAGCUUUGA